AUGCCUCGGGAAUUGAAUGGGGUGCACAGCAAUAACUCAGCCGCCUCACUUUCCUCCCUCUGUGAUGGCCUUCCGCAUGAAGAGAGGCGUAAGGCAUUAAACAAUCAUUUUUGUGGAAUCCAAAAACAAUAUGAUGAUACUGUUGCUGAAAUAGAAAAGGCAAAAAACAGUAUUGAAGAAGCUCGAGUCAAAUAUGAAAAUAUGAAUGAUAUGAUUCGAACGCUCGAACAGUUGAGAUGCAGUUUGGAGCAGCAUAUUCGAACGGUUCGAUUGAAUGAGAGUUCAUUCGCUGGGACAUCGUCAGUUUUAGAAUAUGACGCUGCUAAAAGUCGUACAAAUAACUUGAUUAGUGUAAUAAAAGCAAAGUCGCAAUGGGAUCGCGCCAGAGAACUUCUAAAAGAGGAAGGACAAGAAGACCAACAAAAAAUGUAUGAAUGUUUAGCUGAUAUGCAAACUAGCCAGGAAACCCUUGCUAAGUUUGUCCCGAGUGGAUUCGACACUAAAGAGUUCGAGGACAUGAAGGAUCGUUUCUUAGCUUGGCAAAGUGCUGCAUUAAUUUUCGCCAUUCAACAAGCCGACUUCGAGAAAUUGGCGGAAAUCCAGAAGACAUAUGAAAGUCUUGGACGUAAGGACGAGUUUGUUUCGAUCUUCCGUCGUGUGUCCAUCAAUAGGUUGCGAGAGUUCUCAGCUGAUGGACCAUCAGUUCAAUCCAUCAUCGACGCAUUAUAUAAAGAGUUAGAGUUUGUAUUCACGCACCAUCACAAGGUUCUCCGCCGAUUUCUCGAUGACGAUGCCGCCUCCACUCUCCUUUUCGAAGCAAUUCAAGAAGGACUCAAAGAGCUCGACUUAACUGACUCAUUCAGUAACCGUAUUUCUGCAGACGAGAAUCCAAUAGAACUUCUGCAGAAGACAUCGCAGUUUCUCGACACGCGAUCUGAUUUAUUGUCAAAAAUCCCCUAUCUAACCAAUAUUUCGCAUCAGCUAAGAACUGAAGUCGUACAUGAUCUCGAAACCCCAUUCCGAUCUGCCCUCACUACCUACGUUCUCUCCAAGAUCAAUGCUGUAGAUCUGACAAGCGGAUCAUUUCGUGCACGUGUGGAAUCGCUGAAAACCGCUAUUGCUGAGCUCCUUCAUCUUCUCACUGAUGUGUUCGUUCACAGUGAGGUUUUGUUCGGACGUACUGUGAAGAAUGUAGUGCAGCAACCGAUUGAUAAAGGUCUGGAGAAUUUCCUGGCCAAAUUGAAGUCGUGGGAAUAUUGGCUAGAUAGUCAACGCCGCCCACGUUCAUUGGAAGAUAUUAUUGCAGUAUGCUCAGCUUCCGGACAACUUGUAUUUGGACUUCAGGAGUUCAAGACCAUGGUAACGAAUGUAGAAGCGUCUUUGUCUCCGAAUAUCAAAUCGGCUCUGAAAUGGAAUAGAGGAGUAUGUGACCUUGUUUUGAAGACUGCAAUUGACAAGGUGGUAGUGAAAAUGAAAGCAAAAAUUGAAGAAAUCAAAUGUGCUGUGCCUAAGGACUCGCGCAUGACCAAUCUUCCGGCAUUCAGCACCUCUCCUCAUGAGUACAUCACCAGUGCUGGGCAGGAACUACUGCAACUUUUUCACCUCUGGGAGCAGUUUUUCUUGGACGACAAUGUUGUCCACUCCUUCUACAUUGCCUUGAAGAAAAAGUUUGAAGGUGAAGAACUUUUUAAGAAGACCGUUGCGGAUGUUGCGAAUAGUGUAAUCACGGAAUUUGUAUCGUCAGUCGGCGAUCCAACCACGUACUCGAAAGAAGUCGCCAAACAGUUUCACGCUGACACUGUGUUCCUCAAAGAUGCAUUCGAAGAUCUCCGAACAGGAAACGUGGAACAACUUUCCGCACUAGAAGCAAGACUUAAAAAUGUGCUCAAAGUGUAG